UCAAACACUCUUUCUUCAAAGUUUAUAUUAGCAUUCCAAAGCACUCUACGAAAUUUAGGGUGGAAAGGUUACUCUCACCUUCUUGAGUCUUAACUGUGCAAAAAAGAAAGAAAAAAGUUUCCCCUCUUGUUUUCCCUACCUUUUGAAGAAGUUCGAGCUUGAGCUCAAACUCUCAGUUUUUAUUUUUUCAUGAUUCCAAGAACUAACGAUUCCCCUAAAACAUAUUUUAUAUUGCACACAAAGCCUUUACACAAAGCCAACAAAUUCUCCCAACUUUUAUUCCCAUAACUACUUUACGCCAUUAUUUCACACUCCAUUCUCAAUUUCCCCUCUUUCUCUCUAAUGGCCACCGCCAAAAUCUCCGACCAACACCCCCAAAUCGCCGUCGCAGACCUCCCCCACCUGACCGACGACUUCCCCAAUCUCGAAACCCGAACCAACCCACUUCAAACCAACCAAUUCUUCCACCCGAUCGACGGCUUCUACGCUACCUCCACCGACAUCGUCCUCCGCCGGAUCGCCUUCGACCUGUCCGGAAACACUUCCCCUGCUCACGUGGCGUACCGACGGGCUGGUCCGAGGAGGACGGUUUAUUUCGAACCGGAGUCGGUUCGAGCGGCGAUCGUGACGUGCGGAGGGCUGUGCCCCGGGAUGAAUACGGUGAUCAGAGAGCUGGUGGUGGGGCUGUGGGAACUGUACGGAGUGCGGCGGAUAUAUGGGAUUGUGGCCGGUUACAGAGGGUUUUAUUCGAUGGAGCCGGUGGAACUGAAUUUGAAAUUGGUUGAUAAUUGGCAUAAGAGAGGUGGGACUGCUCUUCGAACUUCACGAGGAGGGUUUGAUCUUAAGAAGAUCGUCGAUGCCAUAGAAAAUCAUGGUUUCAAUCAGGUUUACAUAACCGGAGGAGAUGGCACAAUGCGUGGCGCCGUCAAGAUAUUCGAGGAAAUACGUCGUCGGAAUCUUCAAGUCGCGGUCACCGGUAUCCCUAAAACUGUCGACAAUGACAUUGGAAUCAUUGACCGAUCAUUUGGAUUCCAAACAGCAGUCGAAAUGGCACAACAAGCGAUCAAUGCUGCUCAUGUGGAGGCCGAGAGCGCCGUGAAUGGCAUAGGUCUGGUGAAAUUGAUGGGCCGAAGUACUGGCCAUAUCGCACUCCACGCCACAUUAAGCAGCCGAGACGUCGAUUGCUGUUUGAUACCUGAAAUGGAGUUCUACUUGGAAGGAAACGGAGGUUUGUUUCCGUUUCUUGAACAAAGGUUGAAGGAGAACGGGCAUGCGGUUCUGGUGGUUGCCGAGGGAGCAGGACAACGUAUGAUACCUAGAACUGAAGCGCAAAAGGAAGAGAGAGAUGAAUCUGGAAAUCCGGUGUUCUUGGACGUUGGCGGAUGGUUGAAGACGGAGCUCAAGAAUUGGUGGGAGAGAACGCAUCCCGGUGAGUUAUUUACUGUGAAAUACAUAGAUCCUACUUAUAUGAUUCGUGCCGUGCCUGCAAAUGCUACAGAUAAUUCCUAUUGUACACUGCUCGCUCAUUCAGCCAUUCAUGGAGUAAUGGCUGGUUAUACUGGAUUUGUCUCUGGCCCUAUCAAUGGAAACUAUUCAUAUAUUCCAUUGAAAGAGGUGGCAGAAGCAAAGAAUGAAGUUAAUACUAGAGAUCAUAAAUGGGCAUGGGUUAGAUCUGUCACUAAUCAGCCCGAUUUUGUUAAGAGUUAACUACUCUAUCCGAAAAAUCACAGUCCAUAAUGGGUUUUUAGUUGAAAUGAAAUUUAGGAUUAUGUGUGUGUAACUCUUGAGAUACCCUUUACUUUGAAAUCGAAGUGCUUGUUUGUUGCCUCAA